GCGCAUCCAUUGCCGCCACCGAGCUACUAUAUUCGUUGUUUAGCAGCCUGUCAGCACUCGUAAGCGAUUGUGAAUCUAUCUGUUCGGCAACGAGCGAAAAAUUCGACCCACCAGUUUGUCCAGUGAGCUCGUGCUGUGAGGUAUUGUGUCAUUCGGUUCAAGUGAGAUACUGUGGAAAAAUCCAAAAUGCCAUUCAAGAGUAUUAAGGCCCGCCAGAUCUUCGACUCGCGCGGUAACCCAACCGUCGAGGUUGACCUGAUUACCGAUCUGGGUCUGUUCCGUGCAGCCGUUCCGUCGGGCGCUUCCACCGGUGUCCACGAGGCGCUGGAGUUGCGCGACAAUGUCAAGGCCGACUGGCAUGGAAAGGGCGUCAUGAAGGCCGUCGACAACAUCAACAAAACGAUCGCUCCAGCAGUGAUGGCUUCCGGUCUGUGCGUUACUCAGCAGAAGGAGAUCGACGAGUUGAUGCUGAAGUUGGAUGGAACCGAGAACAAGUCCAAGCUCGGUGCCAAUGCUAUCCUCGGUGUCUCACUGGCUAUCUGCAAGGCCGGUGCAGCGAAGAAGGGCAUUCCUUUGUACAAGCACAUUGCCGAACUGGCUGGAAAUGGCAAAAUCAUCCUGCCUGUUCCGGCAUUCAACGUCAUCAACGGCGGCAGCCACGCUGGUAACAAGUUGGCCAUGCAGGAGUUCAUGAUUCUGCCCACCGGCGCUUCAUCGUUCACCGAUGCCAUGAAGAUCGGUACUGAGGUAUACCAUCAUCUGAAGAAUGUCAUCAAAGCUAAGUUCGGUCUGGAUGCUACCGCUGUCGGUGAUGAGGGUGGUUUCGCUCCUAAUAUUCUGGAGAACAAAGAAGCUUUGAACUUGAUUCAGGAUGCUAUCGCAAAGGCUGGAUACACCGGCAAGGUUGAAAUUGGUAUGGAUGUUGCUGCCUCUGAGUUCCACAAGGACGGAAAGUACGAUCUGGACUUCAAGAACCCCAACUCGGACAAGAGCGCUUGGCUGACUCCGGACUCUCUGGAGGAAAUGUAUCAGGGCUUCAUCAAGGACUUCCCGAUUACAAGUAUCGAGGAUCCCUUCGAUCAGGACCAUUGGGACGCCUGGUCCAAGAUUACCGCUAACACCAACAUUCAGAUCGUAGGUGACGAUUUGACUGUUACCAACCCGAAGCGUAUUGCCACUGCCGUCGAGAAGAAGGCUUGCAACUGUUUGCUGCUGAAGGUCAACCAGAUUGGUUCCGUGACCGAAUCCAUCAACGCUCACUUGCUGGCCAAGAAGAACGGAUGGGGAACCAUGGUUUCGCAUCGCUCCGGUGAAACUGAGGAUACCUUCAUUGCCGAUCUGGUCGUUGGUCUGAGCACUGGACAGAUUAAAACUGGCGCUCCGUGCCGAUCGGAGCGUCUCGCUAAGUACAACCAGAUUCUGCGUAUCGAGGAGGAACUCGGCGCCGACGCCAAGUUCGCCGGCAAGAGCUUCCGUCAUCCGCAGUAAACAUCCUCAUAAAUACUAAGCUGGAUAAACUUAGAACAUACCAUUUGCGCGUGUAGUUUUUAGCGUCUAUCUCUCUCUAACUCCCAUAAAAUGAGAGUUAUUAAGAAUAUCUGUCCCACGGAAUGAAUAAAGAUCAUACAAAUAAGCAACACCGCCUAAAACAAAACAAAAAAUAAGACGUGUGUACGUUAACACGUUCAUAGCGGCAUUAGAGAUGGUUUGAAGCAUCUAAUAUCUAUCCAAAUACCUCCCUUAUUGAAAAAGUCGAAACCCGUACAAGCAGAACCAUCAGGAGGAUUUUUUCGAAAUUUAAUACUGAUUGUUACUGUUAAAUUAACGAUAAUGAGUUAAGAGUAAGGAUGAAAUACAUGAUUAUUGGUAAUAAAUACACAACAAAUAUAUAAA